AAAUUUAAUUCUGGGAUUAUUUAUCCUCUACCCUCAAACAUUAGACCCCAUUUUUGUCAUUUUCUCACCAAACGGCCCCUUAGUCAUAAACCCCUGCUAGGUUUUUUCGCUCUUCAAACUUUCGAAAAUAAUCAACUUUUUGAGAAUCUUGGUGGGUUUUGCAUAAAGCUAUUAGAAACCAUUAACAGCAACACCAGAGGCAAAGAUGAAGUUGGAUGUUAACGUUUUGAGAUACCUUUCCAAAGAGGAUUUCAGGGUCCUCACUGCCGUUGAGAUGGGCAUGCGCAAUCAUGAAAUUGUACCUUGUGAGCUUAUUGACCGUAUUGCUCGCCUCAAACAUGGAGGCACAUAUAAAGUGUUGAAGAAUUUGCUAAAGCACAAAUUAGUGCAUCAUGACUCUUCUAAAUAUGAUGGCUUUCGACUUACCUAUCUUGGUUAUGAUUUCCUUGCGAUAAAAACUUUGGUUAAUCGUGGGGUAUUUAAUGGAGUGGGUCGUCAACUUGGUGUUGGAAAAGAGUCUGAUAUUUUUGAGGUUAUAAAGGAAGAUGGCACAGUUCUUGCGAUGAAGUUGCACAGGCUCGGUAGGGUUUCUUUUAGGGCAGUCAAAGCAAAGCGUGAUUACUUGAGGCAUCGCAGUAGCUACAAUUGGCUGUACUUAUCACGACUUGCUGCCUUGAAAGAGUUUGCUUUUAUGAAGGCACUAGAAGAACAUGGAUUCCCUGUUCCUCAAGCUGUGGACUGCAAUCGACAUUGUGUGAUUAUGUCACUUGUCCCAGGCUACCCACUUGUGCAGGUUAAGGAGCUGCAAAACCCAGAUGUGGUUUUUGAAACAAUCAUUGGUGCUGUUACACGUUUCGCCGAACAUGGGCUUAUUCACUGUGACUUUAAUGAAUUUAACAUAAUGAUUGAUGAUGAUGAAAAGGUCACCAUUAUUGAUUUCCCACAAAUGGUGUCAGUCUCUCAUCCUAAUGCCCAAAUGUAUUUUGAUCGUGAUGUGGAGUGCAUCUAUAAGUUCUUUGCAAAGCGGUACAAUAUGUCAUUUGAAGAAAAUGAAAAUGAUUGUGAUGGUCCAGACGUUGAGAUAGAUGAAGUUGGUCGGCCCCAGUUUUCUGAAAUAAAUAAAAAUAUCGGUUUCUUGGACAAAGAACUUGCUGCCAGCGGUUUUACAAAAAAAGAUCAACAUGAGCUUGAAAAGUUGAUUGAGGGGGAACUUGAAGAGAAUUCAGAUUCUGAUGGAGAAGAGGACGAAGAAGAUGAAGAAGACAUAAACACCACAAAUGUCAAGCAGCUCGAGUCCUUGCACUUGGAGAAGCAAUCUUUACUCUUGCAGGAGGACGAUAAACAUCAAGUUGUGGAUGAGCAUGACGAUAAUGAUCAAGUUGGGGAUAAGGAGGAUGACCAUGAGGACAAGGGAGAGGAAUCCGAGUCUGAAGAUGAUGCUGAACUAGAGAAGAGCCUGAGCAAGGAGAGGAGGAAGGCUAUUAAAGCUGCUCAUCGUGGAAAGAGGAACUUUGCCUCUAGGAAUACAUACAAGGACAAAGGUGGAAAAUCCUCGCAGAAUUCAAAAGUCCAGAAGCAAUUAAGUGGCUGGUAAAGUACAGGAACCUGGACGAGUCGCAUACUGGUAAAGAAUAUGGCCCACUAUUCAGUGUCUUUUGAAGGCCAAUCGAUGAAAUUUCUUUGGCGCUAAGGUGGUAUUGAAGGGAAUAUUGUAUCGGGUGGAGCUAUCACUAAGGUGCUGAAUGAUACAGUUUUGACUUGGAGUAUGAUAUGCGUUGUCCGAAAUGUCUGUCUUGUAUAUUUAAAAUUUUGGUAGCAUGUUUGGCUGAACAUGAAGGCUUAGAGAUUGUUAAUGUACUUGUUAUUUACUAAAGAUUAUAAAUCAGAAACAGUUAUGUAGGUGUGAAGAACUACUUAGAUAUUCUAUUGUUGGUCAUACUUAUGCUAUUUAAAUGCUGAAGGGGCUCUUUUCUUUUU